GGACAAACCAGCCAUGGCCUUGGCAGUAGGGGCAGGUACAGUGAAGACCAACCCUGAGCAAGUGACAUCAUAUCUGCAGGACAUCUGAGGCUUGACCCAAAGAAGUCUUCACUAUGGGUGAUGCGUUAAUGGAAGAGUUUGGGGCGGCGGCUCCUUUUUUGAGGAAGUCGGACAUGGAGCGUCUGGAGGCCCAGACUCGCCCCUUUGACAUUAAGAGGGCCUGCUUCGUGGUGGACCCUGAGGUUGAAUAUGUGAAGGGAAUGGUUGAAAGCAGAGACGGUGACAAAGUCACUGUUCUUACUGAGUUUGAUAAGACUGUCACUGUGAAAGAUAUAGAUUGCCACCCCCAAAAUCCGCCUAAGUUUGAUAAAAUUGAGGACAUGGCGAUGUUCACCUUCCUGCAUGAGCCUGCUGUGCUGUUUAACCUCAGAGAGCGUUAUGCAGCCUGGAUGAUCUACACCUACUCUGGGUUGUUCUGUGUCACUGUCAAUCCCUACAAGUGGUUGCCAGUGUACGACAAGGAAGUUGUUGCUGCAUAUAGAGGCAAGAAAAGAACAGAAGCUCCUCCCCACAUCUUCUCCAUCUCUGACAAUGCUUACCAGUACAUGCUGACAGAUAGAGAGAACCAGUCUGUCCUUAUCACUGGAGAAUCUGGUGCCGGAAAGACUGUGAACACCAAAAGAGUUAUCCAGUACUUUGCUAGCAUUGCAGCAACUACUGGAAAGAAGGACCCCUCUCAGGAGAAAAAGGGCACCCUGGAAGAUCAAAUCAUCCAGUGUAACCCUGCUCUGGAGGCUUUUGGUAACGCCAAGACCAUCAGAAAUGACAACUCCUCCAGAUUCGGUAAAUUCAUCCGUAUCCACUUCGGUGUGAGCGGCAAGCUGUCAUCAGCAGAUAUUGAGACUUAUUUGCUGGAGAAGUCCCGUGUCACUUAUCAGCUCAAGGCUGAGAGAGACUACCACAUCUUCUACCAGAUCCUGUCCCAAAGGAAACCGGAGCUAUUAGAGAUGUUGUUGAUCACCUCCAACCCCUAUGACUACGCGUUCAUCUCCCAAGGAGAGACACAAGUAGCCUCUAUUUGUGAUGCCGAUGAGCUGAUGGCUACUGAUGAUGCCUUUGAUGUGCUGGGCUUUACUCAAGAGGAGAAGAAUGGUAUUUACAAGCUGACUGGUUCCAUUAUGCACUAUGGCAACAUGAAGUUCAAACAGAAGCAAAGAGAGGAGCAGGCAGAGGCUGAUGGCACUGAGGAUACCGACAAAGUCGCUUACCUCAUGGGCCUGAACUCUGCUGACCUCAUCAAGGGUCUAUGUCACCCAAGGGUCAAAGUAGGAAACGAGUGGGUCACCAAAGGACAGAAUGUCCAGCAGGUGUACUACUCUAUUGGAGCCCUGUCCAAGUCAGUGUAUGAGAAGAUGUUCAACUGGAUGGUUGUCAAAAUCAACCAGACACUGGACACCAAACAGCCUCGCCAGCACUUCAUUGGUGUGCUGGAUAUUGCUGGAUUUGAGAUCUUUGAUUUCAACACCUUUGAGCAACUGUGCAUCAACUUCACUAAUGAGAAGCUGCAGCAGUUCUUCAACCACCACAUGUUUGUGUUGGAGCAAGAGGAGUACAAGAAGGAGGGCAUUGUGUGGACGUUCAUUGACUUCGGCAUGGACUUGGCCGCUUGCAUCGAGCUCAUUGAGAAACCCAUGGGUAUCAUGUCCAUCCUUGAAGAGGAGUGCAUGUUCCCCAAGGCCAGUGAUGCAACAUUCAAAUCUAAGCUUUAUGACAACCACUUGGGCAAAAAUGCCUGCUUCCAGAAGCCCAGGAUUGUCAAGGGGAGACCAGAGGCCCAUUUCUCUCUGGUUCACUAUGCUGGCACUGUUGAUUAUAACAUUGGCAACUGGCUGGUGAAGAACAAAGAUCCUCUCAAUGAGACUGUGGUCGGACUCUUUCAGAAGUCAACUCUUAAGAUGUUGUGUGCUCUCUUCGCCAACUAUGCCGGUGCUGAAUCAGCCGCUGAAUCUGGUGGUGGUGGCAAGAAGAAGAAGGGUUCUUCUUUCCAGACUGUAUCUGCCCUUCACAGGGAGAAUCUGAACAAACUGAUGACCAACUUGAGGUCAACUCACCCCCACUUUGUGCGCUGCCUCAUCCCCAACGAGACCAAGACUCCUGGGGCCAUGGAGAAUCCUCUUGUCAUGCACCAGCUGCGCUGUAACGGUGUGCUGGAAGGUAUCAGGAUCUGCAGAAAGGGCUUCCCCAACAGGAUCCAGUACGGAGACUUCAAACAGAGAUACCGUAUCCUGAACCCCAAUGCCAUUCCUGAGGGCCAGUUCAUUGACAACAAAAAGGGAGCCGAGAAACUUCUCGGCACCUUGGAUAUUGACCAUGAGCAGUACAAGCUUGGGCACACUAAGGUGUUCUUCAAAGCUGGUCUCCUGGGAACCCUUGAGGAGAUGAGAGACGACCGUCUCGCUCUCAUCAUCACUGGUAUCCAGGCUAAAAGUCGUGGACUUCUUGCCAGAAUUGAGUUCCAGAAAAUUGUAGAACGCAGGGACUCACUACUGGUGAUCCAGUGGAACGUUCGUGCAUUCAUGGGGGUCAAGAAUUGGCCCUGGAUGAAGAUGUACUUCAAAAUCAAGCCACUGCUGAAAUCUGCUGAGGCUGAGAAAGAGAUGGCCAACAUGAAGGAAGAAUUCCUGAAGCUGAAGGAGGCCUAUGCAAAAUCCGAGGCUCGUAGAAAAGAGCUGGAGGAGAAAAUGGUUUCUGUUCUCCAAGAGAAGAAUGACCUCCAACUACAAUGCCAGACUGAACAAGAUAAUCUUUGUGAUGCUGAGGAACGAUGUGAAGGUCUGAUAAAGAGUAAGAUUCAGCUCGAGGCCAAAGUCAAAGAGCUGACUGAGAGACUGGAAGAUGAAGAAGAGAUGAAUUCAGAGCUAACUGCAAAGAAGAGGAAGUUGGAGGAUGAGUGCUCUGAACUCAAAAAGGACAUUGAUGAUCUGGAGCUCACUCUAGCUAAAGUAGAGAAAGAGAAGCAUGCCACUGAGAAUAAGGUUAAAAACCUGACUGAGGAGAUGGCAGCUCUUGAUGAAAUCAUUGCCAAGCUAACCAAGGAGAAGAAAGCACUGCAGGAGGCUCACCAGCAAACGCUGGAUGACCUUCAGAGUGAGGAGGACAAAGUCAACACUCUGACUAAGGCCAAAACCAAAUUGGAACAGCAAGUUGAUGAUCUUGAAGGGUCCCUGGAACAGGAAAAGAAACUCAGGAUGGAUCUUGAGAGGGCUAAGAGGAAGCUUGAGGGUGACUUAAAGUUGACCCAGGAAGGUCUUAUGGACUUGGAGAAUGACAAACAGCAGCUUGAAGAGCGGCUGAAGAAGAAAGACUUUGAGAUCAGUCAACUUAAUAGCAAGAUUGAAGAUGAACAAGCUAUGGCUGCCCAGCUCCAGAAGAAACUGAAGGAGCUGCAGGCCCGCAUUGAGGAGCUGGAGGAAGAGCUGGAGGCUGAGAGAGCUGCCCGAGCCAAAGUGGAGAAGCAGCGGGCAGACCUGGCCAGAGAGCUGGAGGAGAUCAGUGAGAGGCUGGAGGAGGCUGGAGGUGCCACUGCUGCCCAGAUUGAGAUGAACAAGAAGAGGGAGGCUGAGUUCCAGAAGCUGCGCAGAGACCUCGAAGAGUCCACUCUGCAACAUGAAGCCACUUCCUCCACACUAAGGAAGAAGCAUGCAGACAGUGUGGCUGACCUCGGGGAGCAGAUUGACAACCUUCAGAGAGUGAAACAAAAGCUUGAAAAAGAAAAGAGUGAACUCCGUUUGGAAUUGGACGAUGUUGUCUCUAAUAUGGAGCAGGUCGCCAAGGCCAAGACAAACUUGGAGAAGAUGUGCAGAACACUGGAGGACCAGAUGAGUGAAUACAGAACGAAGUCUGAGGAGGGCCAGCGCUCCAUCAAUGACUUCACCAUGCAGAAAGCCAAGCUUCAAACCGAAAAUGGUGAGCUUACAAGACAGCUGGAAGAAAAAGACUCGCUUGUUUCUCAACUUACAAGAGGCAAACAGUCCUACACACAGCAGAUUGAGGACCUCAAGAGGCAACUUGAGGAGGAAGUGAAGGCUAAGAAUGCACUAGCCCAUGCAGUGCAGUCUGCUCGCCACGACUCUGACCUCCUGAGGGAGCAGUUUGAGGAGGAGCAGGAGGCCAAGGCUGAGCUGCAGCGCAGUCUCUCCAAGGCCAACUCUGAGGUGGCUCAGUGGAGAACCAAGUACGAGACUGAUGCCAUCCAGAGGACUGAGGAACUGGAAGACGCCAAAAAAAAGCUUGCUCAGCGUCUGCAAGAUGCAGAGGAAGCUGUGGAGGCUGUCAAUGCCAAAUGCUCCUCCCUGGAGAAAACUAAGCACAGACUGCAGAAUGAAAUUGAAGAUCUCAUGGUAGACGUGGAGAGAUCCAAUGCUGCUGCUGCUGCUCUAGACAAGAAACAAAGGAACUUUGAUAAGGUCUUAUCUGAGUGGAAGCAGAAGUAUGAGGAGUCCCAGACUGAGCUGGAGAGCUCCCAGAAAGAGUCCAGAUCUCUUGGCACUGAGCUCUUUAAGCUCAAGAACUCCUAUGAGGAAUCUCUGGAUCACCUUGAGACCAUGAAGAGGGAGAAUAAAAAUCUUCAAGAGGAAAUUGCUGACCUAACUGAGCAACUUGGUGAGACUGGAAAGAGCAUUCAUGAGCUUGAAAAGGUCAGGAAGACACUUGAGCAAGAAAAGGCAGAGAUCCAGACUGCCCUGGAGGAAGCUGAGGGUUCCCUUGAACAUGAAGAGGGUAAGAUCCUCAGAGCUCAGCUGGAGUUCAACCAGGUCAAAGCUGACAUUGAGCGUAAACUUUCUGAGAAGGAUGAGGAGAUGGAGCAGGCCAAGAGGAACCAGCAGAGAGUGGUGGAUACCCUGCAGAGCUCCCUGGAGUCUGAGACUCGCAGCAGGAAUGAGGCUCUCAGGGUGAAGAAGAAGAUGGAGGGAGACCUCAAUGAGAUGGAGAUUCAACUCAGCCAGGCCAACAGGCAGGCAUCUGAGGCCCAGAAGCAGCUCAAGGGUCUCCAUGGACAUAUGAAGGAUGCCCAACUGCAGCUGGAUGACGCUCUACGUGGUAAUGAUGAUCUCAAAGAGAACACUGCUAUUGUGGAGAGACGCAACAAUCUGCUGCAGGCUGAACUGGAUGAGCUCAGGUCCCUGGUGGAGCAGACUGAGAGAGGCCGGAAACUGGCUGAACAGGAGCUGCUGGACGUCAGUGAGAGGGUGCAGCUGCUGCACUCGCAGAACACCAGCCUGCUGAACCAGAAGAAAAAGCUGGAGGGUGAUACAUCCCAGUUGCAGAAUGAAGUAGAGGAGGCUGUGCAGGAGUGCAGGAAUGCUGAGGAAAAGGCCAAGAAGGCCAUCACUGAUGCUGCCAUGAUGGCAGAGGAGCUGAAGAAGGAGCAGGACACCAGUGCUCACCUGGAGCGCAUGAAGAAGAACAUGGAGCAGACCAUCAAGGACCUGCAGCACCGUCUGGAUGAAGCUGAACAAAUAGCCAUGAAGGGUGGCAAAAAGCAGAUCCAGAAGUUAGAGUCUAGAGUGAGAGAGCUGGAAAGUGAGGUGGAAAUGGAGCAACGGAAGGCCGGUGAUUCUGUCAAAGGAAUCCGUAAAUAUGAGCGCCGCAUCAAGGAGCUCACCUAUCAGACUGAGGAGGACAAAAAGAAUCUGCAUCGUCUUCAGGAUCUGGUGGACAAACUGCAGCUGAAGGUCAAAUCCUACAAGAGAACAGCAGAGGAGGCUGAGGAGCAGGCCAAUAGCAACCUGGGCAAGUUCCGCAAGCUGCAGCAUGAGCUGGAUGAGGCUGAGGAGAGAGCUGAUAUAGCUGAGUCUCAGGUCAACAAGAUGAGAUCCAAGAGCCGUGAUGCAGGUGGCAAGAAAGGACAUGAUGAAGAGUGAAGCUCCCAUGAUGGACUUGUCUGAAAAGUUCUUGUUUGCUGUGUUUUAGUUUUCAGUAUGGAAUGCAUUCCAAUACAAUCACUUAAAAAGUGUUUCUGUUGAUUUUUUGUUCAUAAGAUACUUGCAUGUAACAUUCAUCAAAGACCCCACCUACGCAAAAGAAGGAGAACAACUAAACUGAGGCUUUCUUCUCUGAUGCUAUGAAUAGAAUUGGCCCAUAAUGAACUCCAUUAAACAGUCAUGCCUGCUGGGACCAAAUCAGCAGUAUUUGAUACGCCCAUCCAGCAGAUUAACAGGUCUGAGUUAACAGACUUCCAUAUAUAGAUAAAAUCUCAGACAAUAAUACGGUAUAUACUCGCUCUGCCUAAUACAUGCACAUAACUUGAAAUGCCACUAAAUCAGUACAACGUACUAGCUGGGACAAGUGGCAUAUAUACAGUCAACCCCCACCCUCUAGACAUGUGUGAGCACACACUCACACACACACACACACACACAGACACAGACACACACACACAGCAUAACACUCAGCCAUACACAAACUUUAUGUUGAAAUGUCACAGGUUUUAAAAAGAUGUGAAAUUCCCUCCCCAACAGACAGCUUUUUUCAGCCUGAAUAAGAUGCAACUUCUGUCUCCAAUUCAAGCUGAUAAUAAGCACUGUCAUUCAAUACCACAGCCACAUGUAUUUAGCAUUAUCUGUAAAAAUUAAGAACUUACAUCAUCUUCAAGAUCUUGAAUAAUGCUAAUGCUGCUGAAAACCAUGGUCAUCAGCUGAUGUUAGAGAAAUGUUUGUAGGCCGAUGGCUCUUUAUGUUUUACUUUCGACAGUUAUUGCUAAGUAAUUGCUAAGUUAUUCCCAUCUUUCCCUUUUAAAACCAAAUGUGUCUGUUUAAAGAUAAGAAUUGCAAAUUAAAAGGAAGUCAACUGUAAACAUACAUUACGUGGCGAUAAUGUGGCGAUAAUAAACGACUAUGUCAGAAAUGUAAAAACAAAUAUUGAAUGAAUUGAAUUCUCAUCCAUUUGUAGAGCUAAUUCAAAUAAAGAAGAAAGUAACCUUGA